AUGUCGGAAGCUUUACAGGAUACUGCGGCUGCUGCGGAGGAGCGCACCGGCACUUCUCCAGUGCCGUCGCCGCCACAGGCCGUCGUCGAGCAGAAACCCGAGACGCAGAUAACAGCAACGAAAGACCACGAUAACGACGACCAGGAUACCCCGGAACAGGAGGAGGACGAGGAGGAGUUAGAAAACGACGACGAAGAAGCCAAAAAAGAAGAUACAUUGGCGCCCCCCUUGCCCGACGAAGUCCCUCCACCGCUCCCCGAUGAAGCGCCGCCUGGUCAAGGCGAGGACGAUGGCUGGGAACCCGUGUGGGAUGCCAACAGCCAGGCAUACUAUUUCUUUAACCGAAUCACUGGAAAAUCACAGUGGGAGAACCCUCGCGUACCCACCGAAGAAGCUCCAGCUGCAGAAGAACCUUCGGAGAAAAAGGCGCCCAUGCUUGGUGGUUACAAUCCCGCCAUCCACGGUGACUACGAUCCGACCGCAUCCUAUGCGCAGCAGUAUGAAGAACAAACACAAGAAACUGGUGGCCCCGCGGCUGAUCCGACUGCCGCGUAUGCUGCUGCCGGUACAUUCAAUCGUUUUACUGGUCGUUGGCAAGCUGGAUCAAUCAAUCCGGAGAACCACAGCCAGGAUAACAAGUCCCACCGACAAAUGAAUGCAUUCUUCGACGUUGACGCUGCGGCCAAUAACCAUGACGGGCGGAGUCUGCGGGCGGAGCGAAGCGCUAAGAAGCUCAGCAAGCAGGAGCUGAAGAUGUUUAAGGAAAAGCGAAGGGAAAAGAAGGAAGAGAAGCGCAGAGCAUGGUUACGGGAUUGA